ACUGGCCUCCCUUAAGGCUUGUUCAGCAUCUCUCAUCAGAAUUAUGGGUUUCCCACUCUUGCCAGCUCUCAUUCUGUUACUAGCCGUGGUCUCUCCCUUAGCGAGCUCGGCGACCAUUCUACCCCGACAGAGUAAGGUCACCCUGACUUCAUUCUCCUACGCAGGCACCGCCUGCAGCGCAGGCAGCGUGUCGUCGACCAUCAACCGCAACGGAUCGAUCAUCACCUUCGGCUUCGACCUUUUCCAGACGUACUACGGUCCCAGCUAUCCCGUCGCAGAGAGGUACAAGAACUGCAUCCUCUACCUCCGACUCGGCUACCCGCUCGGCAGCAAAUUCGAGAUUGUGGGCGUAACCUACCGUGGACAGGCCAGGCUGGACGCCGGGAUGAACGCCACCAUCGAGACGAAAUACCUCAUCUCCAGCCCCGGAGCAGCCGACGGCAGCACCGUAACCCGAGUGAGGUCCACCAGUGAGCUGGUUGGGGAAUACACGUCCACCGAUACCAUUCCGACCGAAUCGAGAACCGCCUCCCACUGUGGCUUAGAGGAGGCCUACGUGCAGAUUCGCACCCGGGUCAAGUUGACCGCCACCAGCACCUCGGUUUCGGGCAGUGCGUAUGAUGAGUCCCCUUUUUCGCUUGAUUAUCAGCAGCUUCACCUGGGUUGGUCGGUCUGUCAGGAUUAAUCGUACCGGCAUGUGGUAGCGGGAGGAGGGCGAGUUCGAGUGGGGGACUGGUUUCAAUGGAUUCGAUGAGCACAAGUCAAAACAU